AUGGCCUGUAACCCAGGAAGAUCAGCCAGAGGUCGGAGCAAUCCAAUUCCUGCCAGAGAACAUUUCCUGCAGAUGAUCCGGGCCGGUGAGCCCCUCCCGGACUGCUGCACGUGGGCUCAGCGUGAGUUUCUCCUCCCUGAUGAGCCCUGGCAAUUGCCUGGCUUCACCCCACAAGCCUACCAUCAGCUGGCCCUGAAGCUGCCGCCCUGCACAGAUAUAAAGUCCAAGGUGCACCGCCAACUAGUACACCCUUGGAAGGAUGAAGCUGAGCACACCUGGGGCUUUCACACGUGGCUUGACGUGGGGCGCUUGCCCGCCACCUUUCCCAGCAGGCCUGACAGACCCUAUGACAGCAACGUCUGGCGCUGGCUGACGGACUCCAGGGCCCACUGCCGCCCCCCAGCAGAGCCCGGCAUCCCCCCUCCCUCCUGGAUGGGUCGAAACAGCCUUCUGACUUUCAUCAGCUGCACUCCUAUCUUCUUGGAUGAGAACAGGAAGAAACAGGUGAUUUUCAGGACAGUGAAGGAACUCGAGGAGGUGAAGAAGCUCAAGCUGAGGAGUGAAGCAAGGGCACCCCCACUGGACACCAAUGGCAACAUCCUGCCCCCAAAGAACUUCAAGAAGUACCAACACGUCUCAGCCGGCGGAAGGUUUGAACCUCUCGGCCUCCAGCUUCUGCCCAACCCACUUCCCAAUAAUUUGGCCAGGAGCUGGCCCUGCCCGAACCCUCUGCCUCAUUACCAGGAGAAGGUGCUGAAGCUGGCCUUGCUGCCCAGCGCGCCCCUGAGGCAGGACCUCGUGCAGAACUACCAAACCCUGAUAAAGGACCGCAUCGCCUUGCCCCUCCACCAUCUGUCCAAGGCACAACCCAGCAAGAUCUUUUUGAGGAAGAGAAAGAGAAGACCUGGACACCCCUAG